GGGUUCACACACACACACACGCACUCGUCUGUCUGUCUGUUGGUCUGUCUGUCUGUCUGCACCCACACAGAUUCGUCCGCUCCACAAAACACACCACCGCCGUGGAGUCGUUGAAUCGCUCGCAUCCUUCCUUCGUUUCUUCCUCAGCCUUGCUGAGUGAAAUGCCGCCUCUGGGGAGCCGACGCACCACCGCCACCAGAAGGACCUGUGGGCAACAACCAUACCAGACACACAGAAUGAAGAGGACCAUAACACCCACACGCACCCAUCUCCUGUCUCUGUCUGCCUGGCUGCCUGGCCACACACACACCUGACCUGGUACCUGGUAGGUCUGCCAGUGUGUCGUCGUCGGCUGUCCUAAACUGUGAGUCUCUUGGCUUGCCGGACAUGAAGCCCACACGAGCGCGGGCACCGGACUAAAGCAAGCAGCACACGGACGGAGAGCAGGGUGAGUUUCUGCCCGCGAUCCGAUCGGUCUGGUCCGUCUGUUCGUCUCUCUGCCUAACCGACUGACCUUGUUGAAGUGUUUCUGCCAGCUGGAUUUCUUCUUGUUGGCUUCCUCCUCCUCCUUCUCCUGCAGCCACAGCCACAGCCACAGCCACACGACAGACACCAUUCCACGCCCGAACGACAUGCAGCUCGUGUGGUGUGGCUGGCGCGGCUGGCUUGGACAUAGCCCAGCUUGUCGAUAUCAUUCAUCACCACACCCACCCAACACCUCACAUGCCACGCACCUGCUUCUGUUUUGCCUUGAUGGAGUGCAUCCUCUUCUUCUUGGACUUCUUCUGAUCCUCUGUGUCUGCGACACAACAACACACACACACACACAGACACAGACACAAGCGAUAUGAUGCACGGCGUGUUCGGUCCCAUGACCGGUGGUUCAUUCGCUUGGCUAACCAGUGGGUUUGAUGGUGAGGUGUUCGGGUAUGCGGUAGCCGCCUGGGGUGAGUAUCUCCUUGACCCGCCUCUUGUCACCACCACGGCCGUCCUUGCCCCUCUUGCCGCCAGCUUGCGCGCCACCGCCCGUCCCCGCCAGACGCACCUGACACACACAGAGGGAGAGGAGAAGAGACAGCUGCGAAUGUGUGUGUGUGUGUGUGUGUGCGGGCCACGGCCGUGUGUUGGUUACAGUACACACCUGGUCGGCCUUGACGUGUUCUUGGUUGCCGUAUUCGGUGAAGGUGACCUUGUACCCCAACUCGGUCUGCUCAUCUAUCGUGCAGUCGUACCACAAACUGGUUUGUUUGACACAACACACCAAGGAGGGAGGGAGGGAGGGAGGAAGGACCACACACACAGAGAGACAAUGGGAGGGAGGACGAAAGCAGCAGAGUUAACCCAGCACUCAUUGCGUACCCGUCUUCGUCGUAGAUGGCCUGGCAGGCUGCGCCGGGCUGCAGGAGCGAUGGGUGUGGGGGCUUGAGGAUGCGCACCUUGCCCGACUGCGGCGCAUACUCCUCCCUGUUCUUGUAACCCGUGAACUCCACCACCAAAGUGUCGUCAGGCUGACACACGUGACACACAAGCGACACUUUGACACACACAACGGCUGCCCUGCCCACUAGCUAAUUGCCAGACCCACACACCGCACUGGCCCAUCAGUGCACUCACUCCACUCACCCUGACAUCGACGAUCUCGCCGUUGAACCAUGUGCCCUCGUAGUUGGCCUCGCAGCUCCGCCCCAGAUACCGGAGGUAGGGCGACACACGCUCAAGAACCUCUGCACUCUCACCAAACCCAUCCCCCUCCUCAUCCCUCCCCUCAGCCUCUGCGCCCUGCUCCUCAUCGUCAGGGUACUCGUAGCCAGACGGCUUCUCCCCUCCCUCACCGACGGCACCGGCAGCAGCGGCGGUCUCUGCUGCCUCUGGCGGCAGCUGUGCGGCCACAUGCUGUUGUGGCGGUGGCUGCUGCAGGGCCUGCUCCUGCUGCUGUCUUAGGCGUAGGAGGUCUUCUGUGAGACCGAUGACCUCCAGCAGAUCACUGCGGAGCUUUGUCAGGGCCUGCAAAACAAGAUAACCAAUCAAGCCACUCAGAUGGUGACGACAUUCUCCUCUCGCUGCAUGACAUACCUGGUCGCCGGGCUGCUGUUCCAGUGCUAGCUCGAUUGGCGCAAGGUUCUGGCGGUACUCGGCAAGCUUCGCCUGCACCAACACACACACACACACACACAGAGGAUGAUGCCUUGGGAAAUGGAUCUUUGGCGUCCUGUAUAGAUUCACCUCGAGCACUUCAAUAGACUCUUCCCCCGUGAUGUCCGCCAUCUUUGCACUCUGCGGCUCGACACCCGCAGCGGUUUUCAAAC